GGGGAAUGAAAGUGGAGGAGUGGAGAAGUGGAGGAGUUCAGGGUCUAUUUUUAUAAUUAGCUGAAUCGUCUAUUGUUGGCACCGAGGGACCACUUGACGAGGACAAGGCAAGACGGAGAAGCAGGAAAAAGUUCAGUGAGAGUCAGACCUCGGUUCGUGACGAUGGCAACGUGGGCUCUCUCUUUCCUCUGUGCCUUUGUGGUUCUGUCACUUUCCUCUGCAUGUUACAUUCAGAACUGCCCCAGGGGAGGGAAGCGCUCGUUCCUGGAUGCCGUGCCCAGGCAGUGUAUGCCGUGCGGUCCUGGGGAUAAGGGCCAGUGUUUCGGCCCCAGUAUCUGCUGCGGAGAAGGACUGGGCUGCGUGAUCGGAUCUCCGGUGACGGCUCGCUGUUUGGAGGAAGAGUAUCUGCCCUCACCGUGUGAGGCUGGAGGAAAACCGUGUGGACCGGACGAGGGUCGCUGUGCUGCACCCGGGGUUUGCUGCGACUCAGACGGCUGUAAGCUGGAUUCAGACUGCAUGGAAGGAAGUGAACAUGAAGACACAGAUGAAAGGAAGAGCUUCCUGGGCGGGUCACGGGGAGAGCUGCUGUUGCACAUCCUCCAUCCCGGCAGGGCACGCGGUCCAUACUAAACUCCUUCAAAACACACAUACACUCGCAGGACCUGGAUAAAGCUUACACACACCUACAAACAUUCACACUGAAUAUUAUUUACUCACCCAAUCAGUACACGGACACGAUUUCUCCACACGAUUCACCCCAGACAGAUACGAACGUGUUUCCCGCUCGAUCGACUGCAUGUUGAGAUGCUUACACAAAAUAUGCACUGUAUAUGUAGUGUAAAUACAGUAUAAAGCCAAUAAAACUGCUCUUGAACUGUUAGAAUUGGUUUGGAAUUUAUAAAUCGAACCAUACCAAGUUAAAACAUGAACUUGUUUAUUGUCUGUAGAAUUUUAAACCCAACAUAAAACCAUGCGUUGAUGAACAUUACACCCAGCUGUUUAUUUAAACACCUAGCCGAAUUAAACGAGCAAAGAAAUAAUCUAAAUAAACGAUCACAUAACAUGAAAAAUCAAAUGGAAAAACAAACAAAAAAAAAAAAAAAAUCACAAAAGAA